AUGUUAUUUAUUUUCCAAUACAACGCAAACGCAGGAGAGUCCGUCAUAUUUUCUAACGAGUUUACAUUAUCCACCGGCGCGCCCGUACCAAUAGAUUUAGUAGAUACAGCAGCCAGCCAAUCUCAUAAAAACACAACCUGGCAGGAAACCUGGAUAUCACUUGGGACAUUCUCGGGCCCUCCGCUCUCACUUGCACCGCUUGACGUUGUAUAUAGUUGGGUAAAUGGUAGCGAUCCAAGACAUGUCAAUCUCAUGGCCAAAUAUUCAACAUGGCGAAGUUCUUCGCCCAGGGAAGCCAAACAUUAUCGUGACUAUGACGAGUUACGAUAUUCGAUUCGUUCUAUAGAGAGCAUGCUUGGAAAAUAUGUUAGUAAUAUAGUCGUCGUGAGUGCUGAUUAUGGACAUGACGAACACCGCAAUGGACAGGUUCCUCAGUGGUUAAACAUGACUUGGAAAGACAAAGAGACUGGAAAGAGCAGGGUGCACAUGGUGCAUCACAGUCAAGUGUUUGUUAACAAGACUGACCUGCUUCCUACGUUCAAUUCAUUGGCAAUUGAAUCUCAGAUUGUUAACAUAAAUGGUCUAUCUGAUCAGUUUCUUUACUUUAACGAUGAUCUCUUCCUUGGAGCGCCAUUGUUGCCCACAGACUUUUACACCCCACUCUUUGGAUACGUCCUCCAUACGGAACAACAUUUAACUGUGGCUCCAUCUCCACGAAAAUGGGGUGGCAAAGAUCCUGGUGAAUGGUUCGCUUUGGAAUAUACCAAUUACUUGCUGAGUAAACGAUUCGGCAGACGCGAUCGCGUAUACGUCUCCCAUUCCACACACAUUCUUUCUCCAUCGAUCCUCCGCGAAAUCACCUCGCAAUGGAAGGAUGAGUUUUACGCCACAGCAUCUCACAAAUUCCGUGGCGAAUCACCAGAGAUUCACACCACAUUCAUGUUCACCCACUAUAUCAUAGAAAAACACAGAGAAACCCUACUGAAAGCGUUUUUCUUUUACAAGAUGGAUGUCAAUCACGACAACAACUACAAUUGGGCCGAACGUUCUGCUAUUCUCAAUUAUCUUAGAGAUGGUCGCGCUCCCGGAGCAAAACGCGUAACGAUAUCAUCUUACAAGUCUGUCAUGGACGAGUCCUCAUUACCACAACCCCGAAAGACUACAUUCACUUGGUCGGCGUUUGACGGGUUUCCUUAUCAACUAAAGUCCGCAGGACCUUUCCGUUCCGGUUUCUAUGAUCCGGACGUUGUAAAACCCGAUGCGAGAGUUUGUGGCAUAUCUCUGGAAUAUUGUUUGGGAAGAGAUUUCAUGAAACGUAAAGUCAAGAAUGUUAGUGUCGAAGAUGUGUUCAUGAGUGUCGCGUACGAGAAGCUCGAGUGUGGAGAUUGCAUUAUACAUAUGCUGGUUGGGUUAUCUGGUGAGAAAGGUGUCAAAGCAUUCCUCCCGGAGAGUGACGUUGAAAUGGACAUUGAUUAUAUUGAACGGGUGGACAAUUUGGGAUGGAAGGAAAAGACACCUACUGAAACUAGAAGAGAUGUGAGCGACACGGUAGAGAAAGGGGAGCCCAGUAAAACUACAACAGAAUAUGGUUUGCCGCAAAAGUCUGCGGAAAACAACUUGACCGAUUAUGACUCGCAGGAGUCUUCUGACCUCGUGGAAAACAACCAGACUGGAGAUGAAGAUACUACAAACGAUUCGACAGAGCAGGAAUCUUCUGGAAUUUCACCCGACCUUUCUGUUCGUUACACAAACUUAUUCAAACUUAAUUUUAAUCUCAUCUUCUUGGCUGCACUCUACCAGUCUCUCUUCGAAGUCUGCUACAAUAUUCCGGUUUCUUGGGGCGAGAAGAUUGCGCAUGUGUUUUUCGUAUUUAGCAUCCAAUUCGCGAUCCUUUUUCUCAAGAGCCUCGUCUUCGGACGUAUAGCUAUCGGAUGA